GGUAUGAGGACUUCCUGUCGGGAAAGACUCCCAGCACCAUCAUCACCGUUCAGUUCCCAAACAAACUUUACCAACUCACACUCCAAUCCGCAACUUUUCCUCCAGCACCCUCCAUCGAAAAGUCCCGUCGCCAGCCAGAUCCGCUGGGAAAACAAAAGCAGAAAUGUCCCCUCCGUCCGCACGGCUUCAAACCAAACCCGUGAUAACGUGUCUGAAGACAUUUCUGAUCUCGUACAGUCUGAUUUUCUGGUUCACAGGAGUGAUCUUGUUGGCUGUUGGAGUAUGGGGAAAGGUUAAUUUGGAGUUUGACCUCCUUCUGGCAUCUGAUAAGGGCACCAAUGCACCAUAUGUCCUCAUUGGGACCGGAGCGGUCAUCAUCAUCUUCGGGUUGUUUGGCUGCUUCGCUACCUGCCGUGGAAGUCCAUGGAUGCUGAAGCUGUAUGCUAUGUUCCUGACUCUUGUGUUCUUAUCUGAACUAGUGGCAGGUAUAUCCGGCUUUAUUUUCAGGCAUGAGAUUAAAGCAGUGCUUCUAGGUGUCUAUAAUAAAGCUGAAUCAGUCUACAGUGGUAAGGGCAACGAAGAUCUGGACAGAAUCCAGAGAACACUGCAAUGCUGUGGAGAGAAGAACUACACCAGCUGGGCAAACACGGAUUACUUCAAAAAAGAGGGCAUCCCCAAAAGCUGCUGCAACAUGACUGCUGGUGUAAACUGCACUUCUGCAGAACUUAAAGAUCUUAACACGGCUGCAUCAGUGGUGUAUCAACAGGGCUGUUUCUCCCUGAUGACUACAACAUUGGAGGCCAAUCUUGGAAUCAUUGCUGGAAUUUCUUUUGGAAUUGCAUUUUUCCAGCUCAUUGGGAUAUUCCUGGCAUGUUGUCUGUCUCGCUAUAUCACCAACAACCAAUAUGAGAUGGUGUAGUGAUCCACAGGGUAUCAACUGGAGGUCACAGAAGGCUGAACCUGACAAAAAGGGAAACCAUUUAGUUGCAGUGUUUUGUAUGUGUGCCUUAGCUAAACAUUUCAUUUUAGAGAAUUUCUGACUGCUUUUUAAAGAAUAUUUCUUGUUGGUAACUACAUUGAAGGGAAGGAACCCACGAUCAUUUUGCAUUGUUUUUGCCAGAGUGAAAAUAUAACAAUGAUUAGUUAUACAGAAGUUUGUAGAAAGUGCAUGUGUUUUAGCCUGUGUUAAACCAAGAACCACUUAAUUGGAAUUAACAUGUUAAAACUUUGCAUCUAGUAAAAACACUAGUGAAAUUGCUUGCAUGGAACUAAAGUUCAACAUUUGCCAAAAGGGCUGUUUUUGAGAAUGACUUAAUAAUUUGAGACAUUUAAGAUGUUAUCCACUCAACAUGUUACAUUGGGAGUUCUGUUUAUGUCACCAGCAGUUCAUUUUCAAGAACUAGUUUUAAUACAUGUAUGUUCAUUGCCACUUGGAUUGCUUCAGUGAAAAUGAUGUGGUUAUUUGCAAUUUCUCUGCAGUCUUUAUUAAUGUAGCAGCUAUAGUGUUAAUUGUAAGGUUGUUGAAUGUCAUGGUGGUAAAGUUUCUUUUUAACUUUGUCUUCAAAAUGUGAAGUCUUGUCACCCAGGUUGAUCAGGUAAUGAUAUUUAACAUGUACAUACAAAGCUACGGAUAACACCAUUAUCUAUACAAGGUUUGUGCUAUAUUUAAAGUCAUAUUUGCAUUUGUAAGGAAAAUAAGGUGAUGUAUAAUCCAGAUUACUUUUCAAACUAUAAUUAUUUUCUCGUCACUCCAGCAUAAUCAUACUGAUUAGUUUUUGCAGUAAGGUAAACCACCCUCUGCGUUUUAUCAGCAUAUGGGUUUACUUUUGGGGCAUGUACACAUUGUAUCUUUGUAAGACAACAAACUGUCAACCGCCUGUUAUUUUUGUGUAAACUGCAAAAUGCAUAGGAACAAUAAACUGUUUUAUAUGAGCAUGGGCUUCAGAUGCAGAACCACCA